AUGACAGAAGACCUAUUUAUUGAUACAACAAUUAAUUCAACAAAUACAUUUCUUGUUAAUCCAGAAGCUCAUACAUCACUGCAACUGCUUCAUCGACGUUCAUCAGAUGAAGACGAAGACGAUGAAGAAGCAGAUGACGUAGUGGAAGAAGACGAAAUAGUAGAAGAAGAAAAAGAUGAAGAAGAUGAAGAAGAGGAAUUAGAUGAAGAAGUGGAAGAAACCGAAGAAGAAAAUGGUCAUGAUACUCUAAUUGCAGAGUUCAGUAACGGUCAUGUCAAACGCUCAACACCUCCAUCAAAAUUUUCAUUUUCAUCAUCAUGUCCUUUUACUGUUGGCUGGGGUCGUGGUUCACGAUCAAUAUCUAUUAGUCCUCCAAGUCCAGCAUCUACUUCUCUCGCUUGUGACUAUGCAACUGUUAUUGAUAAAUAUAAAUCUGAAACUUUAUCACCUAAACAAAUGAAUGGCAAUGAUCAAUAUCUAACAAUUGCAUCACCACCAGCAACAAGUAGACGAGCAAUAAAUGGAUAUGAUUAUAACGAAUCGAUUCCAAAGAAACCUUUCAAUGAAACGAUUGAUUUUUCGUUUAAUGCAAGUACAACAAAAAUUGUUUUUGACAAUGAAUCUGAUUAUAGGAAAGCUAUUCGCAUUCUUGAUUCACAUGGAAUUCAAAAUGAACCAACACGUAAUUAUGCGGAUAUAUGGCCAUUUUGUUUAAAUUCUCGGACAACACGUUUUUAUCGUCUUUCUGAACUUGAAUCUCAAAGAUUAAAUAAUAAUUCAAAAGAAUUAGUAAUACCUCAAACACAUAUAUCUCCUAUUGAUUUAUUAACUAAAGAUAGUAAAUUUUGGUUUGCAUUCGAACGACGGCCAACUUUUAAUGAAACAAAAUUUAAUAUUGAUAUUGAAUCUAUAAAAAAUCAACCCGAAUCUAUUACAAAUAAUACAAUCUUAGGUCGAAUUAAAUUUUUUCAUGGUAUUCAUGUUAAAUUAUCAUAUGGAGCAUUAACAUCAAUGAAUGAAUAUUAUUAUCAUCCAGAAUAUUGUUUUGAAAAAAGAACUGAAUGGACGAUGCAAUUUCGAUUGAGAAGACUCGAACUUGAACGAUUUGAAGCGAAAAAAGUGGUCGACGACAAAAAUACUACAAGAAUAUUUAAGAAAUCCAUUCUUCCAGCAGAAUUAAUUGAUCGAGCAGCUAUAUUUACAGUUCAUCGAUUAGGUUUUAGUGUAUAUAUUUGUAUCAAAGGAAAUGUUCAUGAAUAUACAAGAGUUCUAUCUAGCGGUGAUAAUCGUCAUCAAAUAGAUCGUAUAUCAUCAAAUAAUAGAGAUUGUCCAAUAUUUUCUGCAAUAUGUUUACAUACAUUAGUUAAAACGAAUCGUUCUAAUCUAAGUUUCAAUGAUCAUGAUAAAUAUUCUGCACUUGAACAAGUAAAACUUUUAUUUAAACAUUUAUUAGAUUUUUUUUAUUCAAAUCAAAUCGUUGUUUGUUUUGCAUCAAUUAAACCUUGUCGAGGUUGUUUAACAAAUAUUCCAGCAUUAUUAAAAAUAUUUAAAACUCCAAUACAAAUAUAUGCAUUUACAAUGUUAAAAAAUGUUGGUUAUUCAAUUGAACAAAAAAUAUCUGAACGAAAGCAAAUUCGUGAAUUAUUACUUGAAUUAUCAAAUAAUGAUGACGAUAAAUUUUAUCGUUUAUGCCUUUAUUUAUUUCGACGAUCAACUGAGUAUCAUUUUUUAAAACUUGAAAAUGAAUUAAACGAAGCUAAUAGAGAAUAUGAAAAUCAAUUGGAACAAUGUAAUUCAUUGAAUGAAAAAAUGGCAACGAUUUUAUCACCGCCAAGAGAAAAUUUUGCUUAUGUUCCAUCAAUACGUGUAACACCAACAACUAUUCAAGUUCAACCUUUAAAACUUGUUAAACUUCAUCGUGUUUUACGAGAAAAAAAUUUUAAUGAUCCAAUGAGUUUUGCACUUGUUGAAAUACGUGAUGAAGCUAAUAAACCUUUAUAUGCACGUGAUUUUCGUUCAUUAAGAUUAAAAUUUAAACAAAUACUUACAGAAGGUAUUCAAAUAAAUAAAAUUCAUUAUCGAUAUUUACAUCAUUCAAUGUCACAAGUUAAAGAAAAACAAUUUUGGUUUCUUGAUAAUCAUUAUUCAUUAGAAAAUGUUUUGUCAUGGAUGGGAAAUUUCGAUAAUGAACGUGUUGUUGCAAAACAUGCUGCUCGAAUUGCUCAAUGUUUCACAUCAACUGAACCAUCUAUUAGAAUUCCUGCUGAACAUGUCAAAUAUAUUUCAGACGUUGAAACAACAGAUAAACAAUAUUGUUUUACUGAUGGUGUUGGUACCUUAUCACAGAAAUAUUGCAAACAGGUGCAAAAAGCAUUAGGAAGACGUUUUAUGCCAAGUGUAUUACAGAUUCGAUAUGGUGGUUGCAAAGGAACUGUUUCAGUUGAUCCACGGCUUGAUGAUCAACCUCAACAACUUGUUAUUCGUGAAUCUAUGCUUAAAUUUACAAGUGAUCAUGAUCAAUUAGAAAUUUGUAAAGUUUCUUCACCACGUGCACUUUAUCUUAAUCGUCAAGAUAUUCUUCUUCUAUCUAGUCGUGGUAUACCUGAAUCACAUUUUCUUGUUUUACAAAAUGAAAAUCAUCUAUGGCUUGUACAAGCUUUACUAUGCUCAUCAAUUGCAUUUGAAUUAUUAAAUGAUCGUGUUGGUUCAGCAUGUUUUAAUUUUCGUGAUAUAGCUAAAGGAAUAAAUCUUGUUGAAGAACCAUUUUUUUUACAACUUAUUAUAACAUGUGGUCAUGAUUGCGUAUCAAAAUUUCAACAACGUGCUAAAAUAAAAACAGCCAAAAAUAAAGCAAGAAAUAUGUUUGGUAUAGUUGAUGAAUAUGGUGUACUGGAAUAUGGACAAGUAUUUAUACAAUAUAAUCAUAUAAAUGAUGAAAAAUUAGAUAUGAUUGAUAAACCACCUAGUGUACCACCGACAAUAUUAGACAAUAUUAAAGUUGUCAUAACUAAAAAUCCUUGUCAUCAUCCAGGAGAUUUAAGAACAUUUACAGCUGUUGAUAGAGUCGAAUUAAGACAUCUUGUUGAUGUUGUUGUUUUUCCACAAAAAGGUCGUCGACCACAUCCAAAUGAAAUAUCAGGAAGUGAUCUUGAUGGUGAUGAAUAUGCUGUCAUAUGGGAUCCAGAUUUAGUACCAUUAACAACUAAUGAUGAACCAUAUGAUUAUGAUUCACAAGAAAAACCAAUUAAACUUGAUCGUCCUGUUGAACGAAAUGAUAUUAAUGAAAUUGUUCUUGAUAUAGCUGCACAAAAUUUAACUGGUGACAUGUCAAAUUUACAUUUAGCAUUAGCUGAUUUAUUCAGUACACGUCAUCCAGAAGUUGUACGUUUAGCAGGUCUUAUUUCACAAGAACUUGAUGCACCUAAAACUGGUAAACAUCCAAUAACAAAUGAAGAAUUAAAUCGUUAUCGAAUUGAGUUACUUAAAGAACGUUAUCCAGAUUUUAUGAUGAAAGAACGUUAUAAAUCAUAUCUAUCUGAAAAAAUUAUUGGACAAUUAUAUCGAUCAGCACGCCGUGCAAUUAUUCGAUGGCAUAAAGCUGCUCGAACUCAUUGUAGUUUACGUCAUUUAAAAGCAGCACAAAUUGAAGAUGAACUAGUUGAUGAUGAUACUCUUGAGACACCACAAACUAAUCUUUCAAAUAGUUCUCGUAAGCCAUGGCCAUGGCAAUCAUAUGAUAAUACAGGAAAUCAUCAAGAACCAUCAUUAACUCUUGAUCCUGAUUUAAAUCAUCCAUUUUCUAAAUCUCAAACACCCUGGGCAAAAAAAUUAUUUUCAAUGUAUCGUGAAAAUUUACGUAAUAUUAUUAGUGUUUUUAAUUAUCAAGAUGAAAUUGAUUUAUUUUGUCGUUGUGAAGCACUUGAUCAACUAGCAUCAGGAAAACAAGAUCUUAAUAUAUCAGCUGGUCUUGAAUUACAACGAUUAAUUGGUACAACACGUCGUCAUUUUUAUCAUAUUUUUGAUCAAUUAUCUAUAGAUUCAAAUUUAAAACCACCACAUGAUAAUUCAUGCACACGUAAUUCAUCAUGUACUGAAUGUGAAGAAAUUAAAUUAGCACGAGCAGCUGCUUGUUAUUAUGUUUGUUAUUCUCAAGCUGCUAAACAAUCAACAAAAGCUCGUUCUCGUAUUCUUAGUUUUCCAUGGUUAUUUGGAACAUUAUUAAGUGAGUUAAAAAAGCGACAUCAAAUUUCCAAUAGUAAUAAUUAUAUAUCAAAACAUAUUGUUAUUGGACGUGCAAUACGUAAUGUAGCAAAAAAAUUAAUUGAAAAUAAAGAAUUAAAAUUAAAAAUUUUUUGGCCUGCUUAUUCAGAUAAAGGUCAUCUUUUUUUACGUUCAAUAAAGUCAACUAUUACAAAUAAUUUAAAGUUAUUUAAACGAGACAUUGAAAAUGAUCAACAAACAAAUUCAAUGUGUUUAUCAAAGAUUUUAUUUAUUGAAAUAAUGAAUAAUUGGAUAAGAAAACAAAAUGUUUUUGGUGAACAUUCAACUCCUGCAGAUAAGAAACCACUUAUUCGUGAAAUUUGUUGGCAUCAAUUAUUGAUAACUUUUAUUUUAUUAGAAAAUGAAGAGAUUUCCAAUGAAAAUCCUUUAAAUUUGUCAUGUAAUUUUGAACAAUAUAAAGUUGUCUUUCAAUCAUUGAAUAAUCCAUUAAUGAUUGAACGCUAUAUCGAACAUAUCAAAUAUCAAAUAUCAAUAUCAUCCAUAGAUUUUGAUAAUUCUAUGUAUGAUUAUUGUAUAUAUCUAAUACGUCUUUGUUUUCGAUUAGCCCGUAAGCAAAAAUCAAAUGAAUAUGCCUAUUUAAGUGAUUAUUUAAUUCUUGCUUUACAAUCGAUUGGCAUUGAAAAAGAACUCAAUGACAUUUCGAUUGAUAUUGAUACCUAG